AUGAACCUCUUCGCCGCCGCCGCCUGUUACCACUUCAGCCUGAUCGUCAAAACGGAGAAGACGGUAGAUACGUCCCAGACGCCACCCAACGCUGCCCACAAUGCACCCCAAAUCAGCAUGAACGGCGCCCAACUACAAGCGGUGGACAACUUCACCUAUCUGCACAGCACUCUCUCCCUCUCUCGCAACGCCAAAAUCCGCGAUGAAGUGGCCAACCGGAUUUCCAAAGUCAACCAAGCCUUGGGCUGA